AUGUUGAAGAGCAAGGACAAGGGCUUCAGUUUCCUCAGCUUCCGCGCUGCUGCACAUCGUCGGAGUGAAGCCCACUCUAAACUGAAGCCCUACAAGAGGCGCGUGAACACGUACCACUGGCUCGCGCAGUGCAUCCACUACUUCAUCAUCCUGCUCAUCAUGAUCGUCCUGUACGGCCGCAUCUUCCACGUCGCACUCCGGCAGCAGAAGCUGAUGGCCGAGUCGGAGCGGCGCGCGUCGACGCUCUCCCUCGAGGCGGCGCACAUCCAGCAAGCGAUGCGGACGGUUCGCGUCUUCCUGCUCGUCUUCGGCGCGCUCAUCGUCUGCCUGACGCCGUUCUACGUCGUCUACACGUACCUGGCGAUGCACGGCCUGACGAGCACGGACGCGCGCUACCUCACGUGGACGGGCUUCGCCGACAUUCUCGUGUUCGCGAACAGCACGGUGAAUCCGUUCAUCUACGCGUGGAAGUUCAAGGACUUCCGGCUGGCGCUGCGCCGCAUGUUCCGCGUGCGCCACAAGCUGAACACGGCGUAUAGAUGGCACUACAAUCUGGCACUGACGCAUAUAGGUGGCGCUACAGUCUAG